AUGGCCCUUGUUGAACUUCACUCACCAAUGUUGCACACUUUGGUUAGGUUGCACAACAACGGCAGGAGCGAUCAGUGUGCAUUGACAGACAGCACCAGAUGCCAGAAAUAUCUUGUCAAGUGGUUCUAUGCAGCAUACAGAACAGUCUGCCGCAUGUUGAAAUAUGGUGCAGGGCUAGUGACAGGCAUGCGCGAGAUUUCUGCUCGCUCAAAGAAAAUCCCAUGUCAAGCAACAUCUGAUGGUGCCUUGCUACUCCCUGCUUCAUGCUGGGCUGCAUCAUGGUGCUGUUUUGAGUCACUGAUUGUGGUUGGUCAGUUCAAUGCUCACAUUUGUCCCGGACCAGCCCAACGACGCCAGACGAACGCUCCUGCCUCAGAACCAUGGUCAGUCAUCUUUCGACAGUCAUUGGAAGGCCCCAGUCGUUCUGGGCCGCCCCGUAAGGCAGGUACCCCCCACGCUAUGAGGAAGGUGCAGGCUCAUUGGGGUGGCAGGAACAGAGGAUGGACCCAGACCAUGGCCCUUGGCCACAGAGUACAUGUACCUAGUAGUCAGAAGAGGGUGUACAGUAUGGGGCAACUCGACUUGUGUUGA